UGUUUUAGUCCAUGUUCGCUGCCGCCCACCGCCUCGGCCUCUCUCUCCUCGCUGUUUCCCCCUUCGCCCGCCCCGCCCUCCAGAACUCUCGCGCAGCGUUCACGACCAUGUCUGACGGCCAGCCCGAGCUCGCGACCUUCGCCGCAGGCUGCUUCUGGGGCGUCGAGCACAUCUUCCUGAAGCACUAUCCCAUCUCGCAGGGCAAGGGCAUCCUCAAGACCCGCGUCGGCUACACCGGCGGGCGCGAAGACGUCCAGAGCCCGGACUACAAGACCGUCUGCCAAGGAUGGACCGACCACGCUGAGGCGCUCCGCAUCGAGUUCGAUCCCAGCAAGGUCGGCUAUGCCGAGCUUGUUGAGUUCUUCUACCGCACCCACGACCCCACGACUGUGAACUCGCAGGGGAAAGACACAGGCACCCAAUAUCGUUCCGCGAUUUUCUACCACUCGUCCGAGCAGCUCGAGAUCGCCAAUCGCGUGACCGAGGAGGUGCAGAAGAAGCACUUCGACCCCAUCGGUAAGAAGAUCGUUACGCAAAUCGUAGCUGCUGGUCCCUGGUGGGACGCCGAGGACUACCACCAGGAAUAUCUGCAUAAGAACCCUUCCGGAUAUCAGUGCCCCACGCACCGUCUUAACUGGUGAUCCUGUCAUGGCUGGUCAAGGGUAGAAGCAGCAAUCAAGGUUGGAUGUAACUGGCAAUCAUCAGCAUCCAGUGUAUCAUCGCAGUGUUCUUGUACGAAUGGUCCUCGAAAUCAGUAUUGGGAAUAUGU